CUCGGCCGCGUGGCCGCCUCUGUUAUGGCGCGUCAAAUUGUUCGCAACUUUGAACGCAGCGAGACUUCGAUACUUUUUUGAACAUCGAAUGUUUUUUGAAUUUGCGUUCGAAUUGUGAGUUUUAUGAAAAAGAAAGUUCGACUGUCAAAUGUUUUGUUUAGUAUUCUAAAUAUGAAAUAUUAAAAAAAUAAAACAGUGAUGUGCGUGUUUUAAGUGAGUGACGUUUAUACAAAUUUUAUCGAUAAAAAAAUCUAAAUAAUAAUAUUAAUGUCUUUGAUCUCGUAAUUGAAUAUUAAUUGAAUGUAGGUACUUUAAUUGCUAUUUUGGGUUGAAGUGAGGAAAGUUUGUUGGCUUUAGAUGAUUUAUGAUGCGGACGACACCGUGGAGUCGACGGUUCGGAAAAUUUUAAUGCUUCGAAUCUGACGUGACAUUUGAUCAAAAAUGUUCACCGCACAGCCGAACACGUCGGUCCUCAUAUACAGUCCCGAUGACAACCAGACGGAAAGCGAGUACACGCCAUACGAAGAACGCUUGGAGACAUACAUAGUGCCAGUCCUGUUUGCCAUCAUCUUCAUAGUCGGUGUGCUUGGCAAUGGGACCCUGGUUAUCGUGUAUGUCAGGCACAGGGGCAUGAGAAAUGCACCGAACACGUACAUAUUCUCCUUAGCCCUAGCAGACCUUCUAGUAAUCCUGAUAUGUGUGCCGUUCGUCUCAAUAAUAUACACGCUGGAGUCCUGGCCAUGGGGAGAGCUGAUCUGCCGUAUCUCCGAAGCGGGGAAAGAUGUCAGCAUCGGAGUAUCAGUGUUCACUCUCACGGCAUUAUCCGCAGAAAGAUACUGUGCUAUUGUAAAUCCCUUUAGAAGACUCCAGCUCCGCAAACUACCCCUGGUUUGUGCAACUUUCAUAUGGGCUGCAGCGCUUAUCUUCGCGGCACCUGCAGCGCUGUUCUCGAACACAGUGACUGUGCAAAUAAGGCCUAAUGUCACUAUAGUGUAUUGCACACCUUUCCCGCUCGGAUGGGACAGCUACCCGAAGUGGAUGACCCUAGCAAAAGCGCUAGUAUACUACGGUCUACCGCUGCUGGUGAUUGCGUUCUUCUACUCUCUAAUGGCGCGACGUCUACUGGCCAGCACCAGGGAGAUGCCAGGCGCGCUACACGGAGGUCAAGGAGAGGCUCAAGCACAGGCUCGGAAGUCUGUUGCUUGUAUGGUGCUGGUUUUUGUUAUAGUAUUUUUCAUCUGCUUUCUACCGUACCACGCGUUUGAAGUUUGGUUCCAUCUUUCUGCUACUGCGCAAGCUGACUACAAUGAUUGGAUGCAUGCCUUCAGAAUAAUGGGCUUCUGCCUCAGCUUCCUCAACUCAUGCGUAAACCCAGUGGCUCUGUACUGCGUGAGCGGAGUCUUUCGCUCCCACUUCAACCGUUACCUCUGCUGUCGUCGAGGCACGUUACACCCGACAUGCAGCUCCCGGCUGUCCAGGACUGCGGUCUGCGAGACCUCGUUCAGGAGUACCCAUCGACAUCGGUGCAACAGGAAUCCGACAGAGAGCGUUGUGAUAUCAAACUACGACUACGGAAGUACUAAGAAGAAGAGCAACAUUAUCACCAGGAACAGUGCUGAUGGGGUCACCAUCAUGACCAUUCGAGACUCCAAUGAUUUUCUUACCGGGGACUUGGAUGAAAAAUGUAUCAAUAGAUAGGGAAGCAAGAAUAUCGUGAUGCGAUACAAAAGACAAUGACUUUUUUUAUCUGUGAAUUUUUAUCUUGUCUAUGACGCUUUCUAUGUCAUAUUGUUUGUGAUUGGUGAAGCGUGAGUUUAUGGUUCAACGAGAAUUGAUGUCAAAGGAGUUUCCAGUGUGUAAUAGAAAAGUUGUGAGCUUGUCUUUUGUCGUUUUGACGGUUGGUUGUUGGCAGGAAAAUGAAAGAAAAUUUAUGCCAUUUUUCAAUUUUAUAAUAAACUACUUAAAAAUAAUUCAAAAUACUAAGACAAGUACUUACCAAAAUAUAAGUUAUAAGUAGGGCGAGACUACACAACGCAGUCGCGUCGUCGGUAAAUGCUCCGUAUUUUUGUGUAGCUUUUUUGAUAUGGUGCGGUGCCGCACCGCAGUAAUUGUGGCCCUGCCUUAAAAUCAGUGUCCCCAGCACGUUACAUUCAAAUACGUAUGAUAUUUAAUUUGGGUCAUAUAAAAUAUAAUUCCAUUUAUUUAAAUGGGAAGAAAUUUAUAUUUGCGGAAUACACAAAAAUACUUUCAGCAUUUUUAAUUUUUAUAACAUAUUCAAAAUUACUCUCGCUAUUAUGUUUAGGUCCACAUACGACUGACAGAAAUCAUUUACCCUCUACUAUGUCAGAUGACUGGCUAAAGAAAUGUAUCUGUCGCAGGGAUAUGAUAAAAACGGGUAUUUGAUCAAUUCCCUAAGGGAUUUCAUCAAAUCACGGAGGAUGUUAAAAUAACAACACCAUUUUAUCUUUUCCCUAAACAAAUCUAGUGAAUUGAACAAAUCCCUUAGGGAAUUGAUCAAAUCUCCGUUUUUAUCAUAUCCCUGCGACUUAUCUACAUGACUCCUUUACUUCAUUCUCAAAUGGACCUUUGUAUACGAUUGGAGCAAUGGAAGUGACUCUCUAAAAUGCAACUAAAUUAACUUCAUAAAAUCAUGACAUAUUUUAAAACGAAUAUUAAGAGAAAAUGUUCUGUUUCGCGUACUUCUAUGCAUUUAUCAAAAUGUGAAAAUUAAUGUUAAGUAUUUUUGUAUCACGUAGAACAAAGCCUGUAUUAUAAGCUUGUUAUAAUUAUUAUUCUGAAAAAUAUUUUAAUUUAUUGUAGUGCAUAAUUAUACUUUUUUGUUAUCAUGUUAGAUGAAUAAGAGAUGUUUAAUUAGUGAUAGAUAUAUAAUAUUAA